AUGGCGACUUUCUUGUGUAAUUCUGAUCGUCUGCUUUUGAAUCUCUCAGGCCCCUAAAAGAGGUGUGAAGACGCCCGUACCUGUGAAGAAGAAACCGGUAUAAUUGAUCACUCAUGAGUUGCUCAGUUUUGAUUCUUUGUUCCGCUGCUUCGGAACUGUUGUUAUUGUUUCCAUCCCUGUGUUUUUCAUCCUUUGAUCUCAAUGUCAGGAGAAGGUGGUCAAUCCUUUGUUCGAGAAGCGUCCGAAGCAGUUUGGAAUCGGAGGCGCUCUGCCUCCGAAGAGGGAUUUGCACCGCUUCGUUAAAUGGCCGAAGGUCGUCCGUAUCCAGAGGCAGAGGAGGAUUCUCAAGCAGCGGCUCAAGGUUCCCCCAGCCUUGAACCAGUUCACGAGGACCUUGGACAAGAACCUCGGUAUGUCGAGUACCUUGAAAUACUCGUAAAACAAAAUUUAGUUGGUGAUGAACGCUCACAGCGGCCUAUAUUUGGUAGAUGCUUGUAGCUUUCCCUAGAAGCCCUGGCUUUCGAUGACUAUUUGGUUAUCAUCUGAGGGUUAUACAAUUCGCCGAGUGUCGUACUCUAGUAUUCAACUAGUUUCCCUUCUUGGGUCCAUCAUAAUUUUUUUAUGAGUAUUAGUUGCUCCUGGUUUUUGUUCAUUUCCAGCCAAGAAUUUUGACUGAAGUACGUUGUUCCGCGUAGUAUAUGGGGGUUUUUCUGAACGGUCGUUCGACAUUUUUUCUCUUCGUUCAGUGCUACUUCCCACUUUGAACAGCAUAAUACCCUCUCUACUCUGCCCUAACGUUUUCUCUGGUUUUCGCAGCCAUUAACUAGGUGAGUUGUCUGUCUGUUCAUACGGACUUGUUGGCGUUUAUUCCCGUCAGUUUGUUCCGGGGUCUUCCCAAACUGGCUCAUGUAUCUGACGCGUCACGCGAAAUGUACGAAGCCAGCUGUUGUCAUGCAUGAGCUUUUAGGCUGAAUCACACAUUAUGUGGUUCUUUAUCCAUUUCGUAGUAGAUUGAAUGGUAAUAACGCAGUGAUUCUGGAUUAUAUUCAUAAUCUCGACAGACAUGCACACGAAGCGUAUUAUUAGAUGGACAUAAGCUCUCCAAAAUCUGGGCAGUCGGCCAAUUAUCCUCUUUUUUCCAGGGUAUAAUUAUGAAUAUCCGUAGGAAAAUGAUCAUGUAAAGAUGUUUCAGAGUCUUAGGGGAGUUGGUGAUGUUGAUUCUUUUUCAUUCCUUCUCGUCAUGGCCCUUUUUUCUGUCAAUCUUCUCCGAACGUAUCAAUUCCUCACGUUCACCAAAUACUGUGACACUAGGUUUUGAUCUAGUUUUUGUUUGUAGCAUUUUCUUGUUCAGACCAGCUGUUAUCGCAAGUACACGUUAAUUACGUUUUUCCUGUAAGUCCUCAUGUAGUAGUAUCAUGUAUUAUUAGGUUACGCUUUUUCUUUCAUUUCACAUUUUUUACUUCUGGUUGAUGACGAACAUUCCUUGUGGAUCUCAUUUUAGCCAAAAAUAUUACGUAUCGCAAUGGUCAAGAUAUCAUGUCUUGAUUAUCGUCUCUUUUACGUUCUGUUAUGUGUACUGGGUUCCUUUAUGGGCAAAAUCUCUUGUCUGAUUGAUAUCGGCCAAUUAAUUGUAGCGACCAACCUCUUCAAGAUGCUCCUCAAGUACAGGCCUGAGGACAAGGCUGCAAAGAAGGAGCGGCUUCUUAAGAGGGCUCAAGCAGAAGCUGAAGGGAAGACUGUUGAGGUGAAGAAGCCCAUUGUUGUGAAGUAUGGACUGAAUCACAUUACAUACCUUAUUGAGCAGGUUUGCCCCUUCUCAUCCAUGAUGCCUGUCUCCUCAAUACCAAUGCAUUACGUUAUCAAUUUAUGCUGAUCACGCAUUUAUGUAGAUAUUAUUAAUGUGAAAAAUACAGUCUGGAACUGGUGUCUUCACCAAAGUCUUGAUAUGCGAUGUGAUAUAGGUUUAUGUAUUGAUCUGCCGUUCAUUUUCCUGCCUUCAGAACAAAGCUCAGCUGGUCGUCAUUGCUCACGAUGUCGACCCAAUUGAACUGGUGGUGUGGCUGCCAGCUCUCUGCCGGAAGAUGGAGAUUCCUUACUGUAUCGUGAAGGGAAAAGCCCGCUUGGGAGCGGUAUGCUAUUCCUUUCCAGAAUCCCUGUUGAUGAACCGAAUUAUAGGACUGCUGACUCUGAACUUGUCCGUCCUUGCGGAAUACUUUAUUGUUGCCAGAUUGUUCACAAGAAGACUGCGUCCGUUCUGUGCUUGACUUCCGUGAAGAACGAGGACAAACUCGAAUUCAGCAAAAUAUUGGAGGCUAUCAAGGUUUGCAAGCGUUGACUGCCCGCCCUCUCUUUCUGUUUAACAAUUUUGUUCCCAUCAUCUGAGCGGGAUCCUAACCCCUUUGUGAUCCAGGCCAAUUUCAAUGACAAGUUCGACGAGGUCAGGAAGAAAUGGGGCGGCGGCAUCAUGGGUUCGAAGUCCCAGGCCAAGACGAAGGCCAAGGAGAAGCUUCUCGCCAAGGAAGCUGCGCAGAGGAUGAACUAG